AUGUCUCUCCCACCUGCCACCGGCGCCGUGGAACUUGUGUCCUACAAGCAACACGUCGUUCAUCUACUGACUCAAAAGAAGCGGUUGGACGAACGCCCAUUUGACGUUAUUCGCACACCACACAUCCUCCACGACACCAAAGGGGGAGCGAAGGCAGACAGCGUGCUCGCCUCAACGUUGUACACGGAUGAGGCAGGCACUUGCGUGAAUUGCACAGUUAGCGGUGUCUUUGGCCCCCCUCCCUCACAGCACCCCGAGGAGGGCCGACUCACCGUGAAUGUUGCAGCUCCUUUUUUUCCAAGCUACAUCACAGACAAAGUCGAACGGGCGCUGCGGGAAACGGCCUGGUUUGUUCGCUCUACCAUCAUCUCCUGUAUGGAUCUCACCGAACUCUCGGUGUUCAGUGGAGAGGCCUGCUGGGUGCUGCAGGUGGAGCUGGUUGUGCUCAACGCGGAUGGCGGACUGCGUGCUGCUGCGCUGCACGCUGCUGUUGCGGCCCUGCACAACCUGAUGUUGCCCAAGGCACGGCUUCCCAAUGGUGACAUCGUGGAGAGCAAACACCUGCGGUUCCACCGUGUUCCAGUGGCUGCGACUAUUGGUGUGUUUGGUGCCGCCGCCACUGGUGACUUGUGUCUCUUGUUCGACACCAACGCGGCGGAGGAGAGCGUUGUGGAUGGGCUUGUCACGGUAGUACUCGAUGAGUCUGACGGAAUCGUCACCCUUCUACAUCACGGAAGGUUUCCGCUUCUCGCACCCUUUCUAACAGGUAUGAUUGAUGCAUUCGCGUCGCGCAGUGCGGCGCUGCGCUCGGCGAUUCUCAAGACCUCCACGCCCCCCAUCGGGAGUAGUUGA